AUGGACACUCUCGUGGCGCGAUACAGCCGCCCGGCCUUCCGGAACCCGGACGAGUUCGACGACGACAACGACGACUUCGACUACAACGGCUCCAUGCCAGGCCUUUCGCACAGAUUCGCCAUCCCCCCGAUAGCACAGCCCUCGCAAUGGCUCCGUGCGGCCACCGACGACCGCUCCAACCCCAGCUGCCCCAUCAAGAUUGCCCACGGUACCACGACCCUCGCCUUCCGCUUCCAGGGCGGCAUCAUCGUCGCCACCGACUCCCGUGCCACCGCCGGCAGCUGGAUCGCCUCGCAGACCGUCAAGAAGGUCAUUGAGAUCAACAACUGCCUGCUCGGCACCAUGGCCGGCGGCGCGGCCGACUGCCAGUACUGGCUGGCCUGGCUCGGCCGCGAGUGCCGCCUGCACGAGCUGCGGCACAAGCGCCGCAUCUCGGUCGCGGCGGCCUCCAAGAUGCUGGCCAACCUGGUGUAUAGCUACAAGGGCAUGGGCCUGUCGAUGGGCACCAUGUGCGCGGGCGUGACGCCCGAGGAGGGGCCCGCGCUGUACUAUGUGGACUCGGACGGCACGCGCCUCUCGGGCAACUUGUUCUGUGUGGGUUCCGGCCAGACCUUUGCGUACGGUGUGCUGGAUGCCGAGUACAAGUACGACCUGUCGACGGAGGAGGCCCUGGAGCUGGGCCGGCGCAGCAUUCUGGCGGCGACGCACCGCGACGCGUACUCUGGCGGCUUCAUCAACCUGUACCACGUCAAGGAGGAGGGCUGGGUCAAGCACGGCUUCAACGACACAAACCCCAUUUUCUGGAAGACGAAACUGGACAAGGGCGAGUUCUCCAACGUGACGAGCUCGUUUGAGUAA